AUGAAUGCACUGUCAAUCCCUAGUCUGAAUGAGUCACUUCUCGUCGUUGUCAACGCAUCUAGAAAUUAUCAAGAUGGAGGUAGGCCAACCCUUUUGCCCCUUGACCUGGGGGACAUUGAACUAUUUCCUGAACAGUGGAGUGACAACGCGUCAACUGUUGUUGUUCAAGGGCGAAGGAGAGCAGUGAAACGUUCUAAAAAUGCUGGCGAAAACUGCGAGAAUGACUCGGACUCUGACUAUGUACCUCCACCUUCUGAAGAUUCACAUCAAUCUGAACUUAGCGACACAGUAGUUUUCCAGAAGAGCGACGACCUCGGAGAAUUAAUCCAACUGGCCGAAGGCGAAAAAAAAUUAACCAAGAUCUGCUUUGUGUGUCAGAAAGAAUUUUAUACUACUAGUGGGCUAGCAAAUCACAUGUCGAGGCAUGAUAAGGAUGCUAAGAGUACGAAGGAAUUAAAUCGUAGGAGACGAAUGCGUGGUAUAGAAUAUGUCGGAUAUUCCAAAGUAGAAGCUACGUCACCCGGAGUAGCAAAUAUUGUUCAAGUUAAAAAGACACCAAAAUCCGGUCGUCGUCUCGGUCCAGUCUGUACUUCCUGCACGAAGAGUAAAAUACGGAAGUGCAUUCACUUUAGUGAAGAAGUGAGAAAAGAAUUGUUUGAUAACUUUUGGCUAAGUAUGGACUGGAAAGCAAAGCAAUCGUAUGUUAGGGGCUUGGUGGAUAUCAUCCAGGUUGCGUGUCGAACUACCCAGCACCCUUCGAAGAGAAAGGUCACCUUCGUGUAUCACUUACCGAUACGGGCCGGGUUAAAAGUGAAAGUUUGUAGAACCAUGUUCUUGGCCACCCUUGGAAUCGGAAAAAAAACAGUUGAUGAACUGGGUACGGAAAGUGGAUAGUGUUGAUCAUGGUAGUACUGCUCAAGUGGUCUGAGAUCCAUUGAAGAUAUCGAAAGUUGUAGUUUAAAUGUAUUUGUAAAAGAAAUUGAAUAUAAAUAUUUUUUGUUUCCUCCUGAUAUUAAAUUUGACGACUGAGUGUAACAUUACCUAAGUUUAGUUAACUUACCGUCUAAUUUUGUAUUACGUAAUUGAAGAAGUUUAUGUAUUCCAAUAAACUGCACUGUUGACUUGA